AUGCUGGCCGACCCUCUGGGCUACCCCCUGCAGGACCCUGACCUCCAGCUGCUCCCUUACAGCCAGCAGCAGUACAGCCCUGCCAACCUGCCCUUCUCCCUCUACGGCUCUCCGCCCUCCUCCACCUCUUCACCCCCCUCGUCCUCCUCGCAGCUCUUCCAUCCUGCCUACCACUACAACCCCCACUGCCUGGAGGCCCCCUGUGAUCCCGGCCCUGAUCCCCACUGCGGGGGCCUGGCUCAGGGAGCGGUCGGCGUCCCCCUUGGGCGCAGGUCACGGGUGGGUUUGGGAGGGAAGAGCCGAGGUCAGGACGAGCUGUGCGUGGUGUGUGGAGAUAAAGCUUCAGGGUAUCACUACAACGCUCUGACCUGUGAAGGAUGCAAAGGCCUGCUGACUGAGGUGCAGUGCCAAUCAAAGCGACUGAGGAAAGGAGGGAAAGGCCGAGGGCAGGAGGAGGAGGAGAACACAGGCAGCAGGAGGGUCAGCUCGACCAGCAGGAUACCUGCACAGGUACCAGACCAAAGGACUGACUCAGGCUGGCCUCGAUUGGAAGGUUGUUGUAGUCAAGGACUGUCACUGUCAGCUCCCGGUCCAACACUGCGCUGUGGCCCAGACUGA